GCAUGUCGCCAUAGAGAAGGUUUCGUCGUGAGAAAUCGUGCUCAAAUAUCGCCAAAUUUGGUCUAACGACCACGUUUGGGGCCAUUCCGAGGAAAACCGAGUAUACCUUGUGCUACCAAGCACACUUUGAGCCUAUCAAAGGCUCAUAUUUGCGCAUUUUCACCUUCACAAUCCAAAACCAAAAAUCUGCAGGAAUCCAAAGUUUUUGGUUUCUUCAUUUUUUAUUCCAACAUGGAGUGCUGAAUUAGCUUCGCCAUGUCUCAUCAAUUGAACCGUCAAGUUUUAUCUCCAUUUGGAGUGGCUGUGCGUGCAGUUGACUCGUUGUUUACCGCAUCCUGUGUGGAUGUUAGAGGAGAAAGAGAUGGACAAGAGUGUUAUCACAAAUCGUUCUGCUUCGGCUGCAGCCAAGAAUCCGUCCGAGCCAAGUAAAAAAGAUAAUGGCCGCGGUAAUGGAAGUGGACAAGGGUAUAACAAGAAAAGAGAUGUGCAAUUUUCUAAGGGGGCUCAGGACCCCAGUCCCCAGCGCAGAUCCAAUCCACAAAGGUCUAAGGGUUUUGCUGAUAAGAGGCCACGUAACCAUAACAACUGGUCAGGCAGACGUGAUGAGGUGACAAAGGCUCAGAGUGCAGAGUUUGGUUCUGCGCUCACUCACGGACCCAAGAAGAUGAAUCUGACCCAUUUGAUAAACUUCACCAUGGCCCCUAGGGAUGGUGCGUCAGACUACACAACACCUGGAGGGUGGAGGGGUAGGAAUAAGUGGACUCAACGCUACCCUCGGUACAACAAAGAACAGUUCCUUCAGGCCAAUUGUCAGUUUGUGGUGAAGGCUGGCUGUGAUUAUUCCAUACAGUGUAAAAAUGCAGACAAGCUGGUAGAUUGGGAUCUCAUUGAACAAGUGAGGAUUCUUGGUCAGGAGGUUCCAUCAUGCCCCAUCUGUCUCUACCCACCAACAGCAGCUAAAAUUACACGCUGUGGUCACAUCUACUGUUGGACAUGUGUACUGCACUAUCUUGCUUUGGGUGACAGGACCUGGAGAAAAUGCCCUAUCUGCUAUGAAGCGGUGCAUGAGAAAGAUCUGAAAAGUGUUAUUGCCAAGGCAACCCAUGGAUACAGCCAGGGUGAUGAGAUAACCUUCCGUCUGAUGAAACGAGAGAAAGGCUCUGUUGUCACUCAGCCUCAUACUACCAGGGAGUAUGGGAAACUCUUUACCAUAGAAGAUGACCCAAGCAGCACGUGUAUGGUUAAGCUGCUGCUAGCGACCCCUGAGCAAGUCAAAGAGAUGAUUAUCGAACCAGAGAGGGCUGCCUUAUUGACUCAAAUUCAGGAGAACGAUGGGGAUUUAGAGGACAGCUUCCCUUUAGCAGCUCUGGAAAUGAUCAAGGAAAGAGAACAAAGCAUUCAUAAUGUGAAGAAAAUUCAGAAACUAUCCUCUGCUGUUGUAGGAUUGAACCUACAAGAUGAUCAAGAGCAAGAAAAGCAUCAUGAAGAAGCAUACUCUGGUCUAUCACCUCCUUGUAAUAAUUACAAGCACUACUCUUCAGCCUUCUCUGACGAAGAGCAUGAUCCUGAAGAACACAAUGCUGGCCGUCACAGUCCGAUUCUAGAAGGCUUCACCAUCGAAGAACCUUUCCAAGACUACUCCACAUCUCGCAACGCUAAAGGGACACCGAGCAAGAUGGAGCACCAGUUGCCGUCUGUUGGUGGAUCAGAUGCAGCGGGGACGCCGGUCCAAGCAGAAGGCCAGUUGCAAGACAGUACUGAUGAGAGCGUUGUCAAGGGCGUGGUCGAGGGCGUGGUCGAGGGAGUGUCCAAGGAUGAUGAAGAGGUGGGAAGAGAAAGUCCCGUCCCGACUAGACAGAGGCGCGAGCAACUAGAGGGGGCGUCAGCUUCGGCAGAACGGAGUGAAGGCAAGGGACAUGUAUACUACUUCUAUCAAGCGGUGGACGGCCAACAUUUGUAUCUACAGUCACUGAAUGUAAGCUGUUUGAUUAGGGAGUAUGGAAGCUUUGCUCAGUGCCCGGAGACCAUCACUGCUAAAGUAGUUGAGAUUGAACACAUGUCAAUGAAUGAGGCUCUUCGUCAUCGUUUGCGUUAUUUGUUCCAUCUACCUCUGACUUGUGAGUUUGGAAUCUGUGAGCUGGAAUUCAAACCUCCAGUGGUGUCCAGGGAAACCAUACAACACUUUGCUGGUGAUUUUCAGAAGAGAAAAAAGGCGCGGGAAAGGAAAGUCCGCAACGAGAAGAAACAGGAACGCAAGAUGCAAAUUCGAGAGAACAAGAAGAAUGGAAAGUAUCCGACACCCAAGUUUUCCUUGCAGAGUAAUACUCAGUUCCCCACCUUUGGGUUAGACUCUAUGCCGGCCGAUGUUUCUCACGCUGUGUCAUCAGAAAGGUCAUCUGCCGUUGCAUCACCAGAGUCCACUGUGUCCUCCUUGGGGUCACCAACUGAGCUUAGCCAGGAAGAGGCUGGAUAUGGAGCAGGUAGUCAGUAUGGGCAUGAUGUUGAUAGCACCGGUGGGCCAUCACCGAUUGUUGGAAGCUGGGCUUCAACUGCCAGCAUGGAGGAGUCUGGUGCCUCUUUACGAUCAUUUGCACAGAUGCUUCGUGAAGGGAAAACAAAGCCAGAGACCAGCAGCUGGCCUAAGAUUGUCAAAGCAGGCAGUGGAGGGACGGAGAAAACUCUGGAUGAAUGGAAGAUUCGUAAACCGUCUGUCACAGGGCCUGACGGAAGUGAUGAUAGCUCCAAUGAAGACUACGCCCCAGUACCACAGUACAAAGAUGCCUUCAGUGAUGCUAUACAAGCUGCAUUAGACAAAGCUGCUAUGGAGGCUGCUUCCCGUAAGACAGAUGAUGACAUAACUUCAUCUCCUGGUUCCGGAAAGAGGGGCAAGAAAGGCAAGAAGAAACAUCAGCUGCUUUUCUCAACCGCUGGACCUAGGUUCAAAUAACCACCGUGGAUUUAAAUUGUAAUCCACAUCAAAUGACAAUUAUGUCCACUUUUAUAGAGCUGCUUAUUAAGCACAAAAAGUUGCUCAGCACAACAAAAUUAUGCUUACCAGAGUAAGGUUACCAGCCGAACUACCAUGCCACAAGUACAAUUCAUGACUGGUAUCUUGAUCAUUUUACUUAGCAAAAAAUUAUAUGGAAAGGUUUGCAGUAACACCAUGUAAUGAUUAUCUCUAAAUGAGUUGGGGUGGGUUCUGAAAAAAAUCUGUUGGUUUCAGUCAGUAUGCUCUGAUCGUCUUCUUGAAAAAAUUUUUUGUUAAGGACUAUUCUCUGCUGAAGCAGCUCUAUGAAAUUGGACCGUGGACAUUGGUCUGUGUAUUUGACCACCUGAGGGCGCUGCAAUGAACUUCCAUAGACCUUUUCGCAAAUACCCAUUGCACAAUCGCUGACUGUUGAAUGAGGUGCCUGCUGGUCUAGCUAUGGAUCAAACUUGAUCGCUAGCUAGACCACCUUACACACGCACGUACCAAGUAUUUGUGAUAAGGUCUAUUGGGUAACAGAUUCCCCUUUAAGUAGGAUUUGAAACUUUGCAUAGUGGAGAUAAGAUAUAGAAG